AUGGAAUCUAGCAAUGUAAAUCGAAAACUUCAGCUUGAGGUUGUCCAACAACCUAUCCAUGCAAGAAUGAGCGGGCUUGGGGAGGAUAAGGGAAGAAGACCAAUCUCCCCAUUACCAUUCGUACGGUUACGAAUCCUUGAUGGAAGUACCCCAAUUAACAUCGAUACGAUUGACGCUGGUCUCCUCAUCUUACAAGCUAGCUUGUACGAUUCUCAGACAGGUCUCGAGGUUACGUCGGCGAACCUCAUCGGAGAAAAGUUCGUAAACGGCCAAAAGUUAGAGGAUACCUCGGGUAACCUCGAUAUUUGGUUCGUUUUUAAAGAUUUGAGCGUUAG